AUGAAGUUCACUGCCGCCGCCACCGCCGCUUCGGCCAUUCUGUUGAGCUCUCAAGCCACAGCUCUCUCGAUGAAGCGCACCAUCCCAUCUUCAUACUACUCCAACCAGGAGAUUACCGGCUCGAUCUACUCAUGGGACACCGACUCCGAGUGUAACCAGAUCUUCUACACCGCUGGAAGCUGUGGCCUGUCCACCUACUUCACUUCCACGAUUCCUAGCUCCUCUGGCUACAACUUUGUUGCCAUGGGUUCCGCAGUCAUGAGCCAGUUCGGCUCUUACCAGAACAACGAACUCUGCGGCAAGACCAUUGAAAUCACCAACUCUGCCGGCGUUACCGAGCAGGCUGUCAUUGCUGACACCGCCAGUGCUGAUAUCAUUGAUAUGUGCCUUGGUCUGUGGGAGGACUUCGGUGGCGUGGACGGCGAUGGAACUCAGAUGACUGGUAUGGAAUGGCGUCUUGUUUAG